CUUUGGCAGCCUCGCACUGGAAAGGAUUUCGGCAAGCUCUUAAUCGGCGGCCAAUGGCUGAGCUGGCAGCUGGGCGAAGGAAAUCGCCCUGCUCUUACUUGUUUCGUCUCGUCGGCUUUUUCCUUCUAUGACAGACGUGGUAGAGAUUUUUUUUCAAAAGCUUAACUCUUUUCAAUUUCUAGAGGUAACUGGACCAGUUUGAAGAGCCUCCCAACUUCUAUCAAAAUGAAGGGAAGGCCCUGCAGAAUGUCGCGAAAAUGCUAGCAAACCCAAAAAAUUAAAAACAGGCAAAAACCAGGAAGCAGCAGACACGGGAGGAAGUCUACGCGUGCUAAAAGCUUAAACACCGGGCGAGGGCUCUGCGUUUUCUGUAACCCAAGCAAAUGCUCAGUGGGAGAAAGAGUAUCUUUGUGAGAAUUUCAGGAGAUUCAAGAACGAUCCCGAAAAGCUAUGAAGAAAACGAAAAAAAAAACACGCAGUGCCGCUUCCGUAGAUUUGUCGCCACUGAAAGAGCCUCGACCGCGCUGGCUGUUAGCUACCGCAGGCCUUUGCGCUGGUGGGAUGCGCAGCCGCUUUUUUCUUCACCACUUGCGCUGACACUAAUCCAGGGGCAUCACAUGGGGGCCCGCUGCGGUGGCUGCGGGUCCGCAGGGUGGGGCGCGCUCAACCGCCACGGCAAUCCGCGCAAGCGCCCAGCGCUGCUGCGGUGCACCCUUGGAAGACCACGAACACCAUGACGGCGGCACGCAUGC